AUGUUUCGCGCCAUCCUCACCACCUUCAUUCUAAUGGUUCCACUAUACUACAUAUAUAAACCCCCAAGUCUACUCAUCCGCUACUUCGCCCAUCGCUGGCCAGACGUGCUCUUCCACGUCCCAACGACCAAAAAGAUCGUCGCGCUAACAAUUGACGACGCGCCUUCGGCCCACACACCCGAGAUUCUUCAUUUACUACAAACGCACAAUGCAACUGCUACCUUUUUCGUCAUAGGGUCGCAGAUUCCAGGCUACGAGCCUGUCCUAUCUGAUCUGGUUCGCGCGGGCUGUGAACUUGGGAAUCAUGCUAUGUACGAUGAGCCCUCGCGUUCCCUUGGUGAUGACCUGUUAGCGGACCAGAUUCAAGACGUGCAUGUGAAGAUCGCUGAAGCGUACGCUGCUGCUGAUCUCGAGGAUGAGAUCGUUGCUGAGCCGAUUGGGGUAUCGACUGGUGCUUGGCGACGUGUAUCCGCAUGA